AUGCCAACAAUGCCCUCCCGUCAACUCCUCUCAACCCUAAUAACCUCCCUCAGCAACACCCGCUGGACCUUAACCCGAACCCUCCGGAGUGAAAACCCCCUCGACCUAAACGGCGAGCUCCGCGGGACCGCAACCUUUACCGCACAACCCCCCACCACAACAACCGACCGCGACUGGCUGUACUGCGAAGAAGGCGAGAUACCUAGCAAUGUUGGUACAGGCGCCUUACCAGCGGGCCUACGUUGGACAAAGAAGUACAUCUGGCGCCUGGGCAGCGACAGCGGACGCGUCAGCGUCUGGUUCGUGAAAGUCGCGCCGGGCCCGGAAGAAGCAGACUACCUAUUCCACGACUUCGAUUUUGAUUCGGGUUCCGGUUCGCUGCUAGAGUCGGAGUCCGGAUCUGCGCAGAAGGAUCCUGGCGAAUUCGUCGCUCCGCCCGUGCCGCCCGCUGUGUCGACCUCCGGCAAUGAGACUACUGUGCUCAAUGCUAGGGGAAACCAUCUGUGUAUCAACGAUAUGUAUCGCACGGCGUAUGCAUUUCGCAUUGAGCCUGAUACUGGGGAGGUGCUUAGUUGGGCUAGUCGACAUGUUGUGCGUGGCCCGAAGAAGGGGCAAGAUAUUGUUAAUCGGUAUGAGAAGGAGGCAUGA